UUCGCAGCUUUCCCCACUCGUGGCAAGUGUUUUCACCUCUUUAGUCUUUGCUCCGCGUAGUGCCGGCCCAAACAUCGCCAAGAGUAGCAACCUCGCGACUUCGUUCUCUUCGAUCGGCCCACGAUCGCACCGGAAACACGAUCCUUCCUCCCGCGAACCAUGUCGUUUCUUCCGACCUUCCUUUUCGUUUGUUUCCUCGUGACGAUCGCGACGACGUACGCGAAACCGACCAUCUACAAAAGAAACCACGACAACGUGUUCGAGCCAGUGAUGAUACCAGUCUCGUCUACGGUGAUUCCUCUCCCCGUCUACAAAAUGGAAUAUGGUUUGGGAUUCAUAUCGAAAGAUAAGAAAGCUCAGUCGUCCUUGAAACCGGAGGGUGGAAUAAAAUUGAUAACGAUUAAGAAGAGCCAAGAGAAGAAAACGUAAAGGUACAAAAUAUACGUACUAGUUGCAGAUUGACUCUAUUCGUAUCGUAGUCUGUCAUCGAUGAAGCGGUAUAUAUUCAUUAACAUCGUACGGUGAUGUAUAUAUAUAUAUACACAUCAAAGUUAUAGAUUGUAAGCAAAUCUCAGAUUUAUUUGAAAUGUACGACAGAUUUCAAAAGUAACAGAGAGUUUACGCCAAAAACUAAUUUACCUCGACGAUUAAUGUUAGAGUUAAUUAACUCUGUCGUUAUGAAUUUAUUAAUAAUCGUAAGAAAAAUCAAACGCUGUAAAACCAAACUGUAGCGAGUAUAAAGAGAGAAUCUGUUAAGUUUUUAUAUUUAAUUUGAGCUAUAGUACGUCGUUUCUGCUAUUAUAAUGUUUAUACAUAACGUUUAUGUAUAUCUGCCCAACAUUUUGAAGAAAUAUUGAAAGGAAUUAAUAAGUAGAAAAUUAUAAACUUUUAUUGAACAACA